GUCACUGGUUUAUGUUAUGUCAGGCUUGUUCUUGUUCCCAUCCCAAUCCCAUGUCAGUUGCAAAAAUGCAAAUACACAAGUACAGUUAAUGUUCAUUCUCCUGUUAUUUAUACUUGAUACGAUAUUUAAAUUUUUUAGCCUGUAUACGAUCACCGUUAUCGUUUUUUCAUUUGUCUUUAGUGAGAUUCUGAAUAACUUAUUGCAGCACUGUAGUGAAAAGUUGCGAAACCGCUUUCAUAAAUCUCCUGGAUGGUUCCCCGAUAAUUAUUCCCAAAGAAAUUCUUCAUUGAGAAUAAUUUUAAUUACAAUAUCGGGAUUGAAUCUGGUAGCUGUUGUGUGAGCAGAUUGACAGUACAAAAUUAUUGGCUAGUUGUGAAUUUUACAUCAGUUUCAUUCAGGCAUGCAAACGGCUUCCAACUGUAUGUUGAGGAUUCUGCAGCACUGCGAAAGAAAAUUUUGCCAUGCAAAUUGUACAUGAAAAAGCGCAAGAUGUCCGUUAGCUUAUCAGUAUUUGCUUCAAUUCGUGAUGGAAUGAUUUCCAAUUUGCCAGACUCAUCAUUUGAUGACCUUCAAAUCAUCCAUAGCUGACCAAAUUGUGUAUUGUUCAUUGCGUGCAACCAGCUUCGCUUUUUGGCUGUGAAACAUGAAUACUAGCACAGUUACUCAGACAGCACCAUCCACCCCUCUUCGAACAAUUAAUAGGGGAAGCAAUUUCAAAAGGCAUGGAAAUGGCUCAGGACGUUCAUCUGUUUCAAUGUCUGGAAAACGUAAAAGUGCUGUCGAAUUACUUCAGGAAACGAAGUCUCUUUAUGUGAAAUCGAACACAGUGCUCGAUAAGAAGCAGCAGCUAAGUGCCUUGACUUGCAGUAGUGAAAGGAAGUCACCAAGGCAUCAUAGCCAUCACUGCCAUUAUCAUAGUGACAAGACUCGGAGAGAUGGUGUGUUUUUUGCAACGACUCUGCCAGCCCAUCAACCGAAGUCACCUCGCCUUGUGAUGUCUUCCGCAUCCUUGGUUUUGCCCAACCAGCCUGUCAAAUCGACUUCUGAUCAACUGCAAGCCAAAUUACGACGGUUAUUGAAUGCUGAUUCAAAGGAGAACCUUGUCGAUGUUGAAGACGCGCCUUUACUAACCAACCUGCCUUCGUCAAUACCGACACCCACUUCGCCGCAGUCUUCUAUCGAUAGGAUGUCAUCUGUAAUACUGCCGCCGCCGAAAAACUUCUCGGAAAGCCGUCGCUCUUCGCUGGCCUCGUCACAGUCGCAAACGAGUCUCGUCCGCACCACUAAGGCCGGCACGCUUGUCUCGCGAGACAGACAGGUCGACAAACAGAGCAAACGGCGCAGACGCAGUCGCUCCGGCGGUGAUUCCAGACGCUCGGUCAGUGGUCGCUUCUGCGCGGAACAAAUACCGCCAAGUCGCACCAGCAAAGAUCAGCCGGAGAAUGUGCAACGUCGCAGUUGGUUCCACAAAUCGCUGCCGGAUCUCAGCCUUGUGGCGCUUCCUUGCAAAUCGCGCGAAUGCAGCUCAUCCUCAGCUACUUCCAGUAUUUCGUCCAGUGAGGAAAAUCCGUCGUGCAAUUAUGCUUUGUACAGUGCAAGUACAAACAGUAGUCGAAGUGAGAAAAAGCAAAGAUCGAUUGCACGACAUCGAGUAUCGAGUGGCAAUAAUAACAAAUCGAGUAACAGCAAUAGUGCAAUGUCUGUGUGCUCAGGCCACAGCCGAAGACAAUCGGCUCGAAGCAGUUGGAGAAGCUUAUCAGAUGAGGACUCAGCUAGCGGUGAUAAAACAAGAGAUGAUUAUGAUGACGAAGAAGAAGACAAUGAUGAAAAUAUUGAAGUGAGAGAUGACAAUGAUGAUGAUGAUAUCGAUGGUGGUGGUUGCGGAGAUGAAGAGGAUGAUAAUGAGGAUGAAGAGGAAGAAGAUGAUGAUCUGAAUGCGGAAAGAGAUGAGGGAUUCGAUGGAGACGUUGAUUUGGUGUUUGGAUCUCCUGUCAAAUCUUCUGCAAGCUACAUUGGGGCAGCAUCUACUACAGUUAGGUAUAGUAGGAUCCGGUGCGAUACCGAUUGGAGCAGUACUGCUGUGGAUGGAGAUUACAAGGAUGAUAACGAAUUGGUUGGAAGUGAAUCUCUUCGACACUGGCGUCCCAUACUUAGAUCCAAAUCCGAUGUGGGCAGAAGGUAUGCACGAUUGUCUUAUGCUUCGCCCGUUGAUACUUCCCCUACCAACCCUGCCGACCUGGAGACAUUCUUUCAACAAUUAGGUCUCGAUGCAGCAGAAUACAACUCCCUGAUAGCUGGCAACCAGUCUAAUUCUCAAACGUCAUCACCAGUAUUUUUCUCAGAUGCGUCAACCGUUGACUCAGCCGAAUUAUGCGCAGUCGCCAGGCGAGCGAUGAAUAAAAGUGGCGAAGCUCUCAACGAGCCUGAAAAGAAUGAACGCGAGAACGCAACCGAUCUGCCCUCAGUGGUGGAGCGAAACGCAAGGAUCAUCAAAUGGCUGUGCAACUGCAGGAAAGCUGCUGCAUUGUCAUCAAAAUCAACCAACGACUCCAGAAUCCAUCAGCAGAGACAUCCUACCAUGAGCUAACCUUUCCUCAUCGAUUAUAUUUUUGUUCAGUAUUAUUUAUUUUUCUGCUUAUUAAUUUUCGACUCAAUCAUUUGAAUACUUGACAAAUAAGCAGUAGAGAAUCAUCUUUUUAGUAAACUUCACACUAGAUACAGAAAUUUUGUGGAACUUUUCCAUAUUAAGGUGAUGUGUGAACAAUAUAUUGUUAUAAAGUAGGGCUAAUAGGGCUACUUGAAUUGUUCAAUUAAUUCAGAAAUAAUAACUUAGUACCCUUUAUAUAAGUGUUUAUAUACAACAUUUUAAAAAGGGUACUAUGUAAUUAUUUCUACAUUAAUUAAAUUUUUUUAAUGAGAAUUUAUACUGUGGAAUAUUCCCAAUAAUUGGAUAAACAGAUUAAUGAACACGAUAUAAAAAUUUGUAGUACCCAUUAAUAAAAACGUUUAAAUAUUUUAACGACUAGUUUCGACCAUAGGUCAUUUUCAAGUUAAAGUUUUCAUUUCAACUUGAAAAUAACCUAUGGUCGAAACUAGUCAUUAAAAUACUUUAAAGUUUUUAAUGAAGGGUACUACAAGUUUUUAUAUUGUUUUUAUUAAUUUGAGCAAAAGUAGCCCAUAUAUGUGAAGCAAUUUUUGGAUUACAGUUUUAUUUUAUGUCAUAUCCACAUUUAUUAGACUUAAACAAAAAAAAAGACUUAUUUUAGACUAUAUUAGACUUAUAAUAAGACCAUAUUAGACUUUUGAACAGGACUGCAGCUUCGUUAUUUUUGUUUAAAAGUCUAAUAAAUGUGGAUGUGACAAACAUAUAACUGUGUCAUGGAUCAAUCUUCUAACAUGAAUAUAAAUCUACUACAGAAUGUUAUUUUCGCGAAAAUGAUGCUUUCAUAUAUAGGGAACAUUUUUGAAAAGGUCACCAGUUGGGAGUAACAAAGACACCUAUAUGGUUUUCUUUUCCAAUCUAUUUACAUACGGAAUCUCUCGAGAAUAACUGGGGAUAAAUUUCCAUUUUGAUCCCUGUUGAUUGAGGAACAGUAUUCAAACGGUUAGCUGAGCCAAGGAACAGUGUAACUGUGAUAACCCCAAUAUAGGACCAAUGCAACAGUAACACAGAAUUGUUAUUAACCUACAACAGUAUUCAAACACUACAAUAAGUCUAAUAACUGUGGAUGUGACAAAAAUAUAACUGUGUCAUGGAUCAAUCUUCUAACAUGGAAUAUAAAUCUACUACAGGAUGCUCUUUUCGCGAAAAUGAUGCCCCUAUAUUAUGGCCUUGAUGCAAAUGGAUCAAUCUUCAACAUGGAAUAUAAAUCUACUACAGGAUGCUCUUUUCGCGAAAAUGAUGUCCCUAUAUUAUGGCCUUGAUGCAAAUGGAUCAAUCUUCUAACAUGGAAUAUAAAUCUACUACAGGAUGCUCUUUUCGCGAAAAUGAUGUCCCUAUAUUAUGGCCUUGAUGCAAAUGGAUCAAUCUUCAACAUGGAAUAUAAAUCUACUACAGGAUGCUCUUUUCGCGAAAAUGAUGCCCCUAUAUUAUGGCCUUGAUGCAAAUGGAUCAAUCUUCUAACAUGGAAUAUAAAUCUACUACAGGAUGCUCUUUUCGCGAAAAUGAUGCCCCUAUAUUAUGGCCUUGAUGCAAAUGGAUCAAUCUUCAACAUGGAAUAUAAAUCUACUACAGGAUGCUCUUUUCGCGAAAAUGAUGCCCCUAUAUUAUGGCCUUGAUGCAAAUGGAUCAAUCUUCUAACAUGGAAUAUAAAUCUACUACAGGAUGCUCUUUUCGCGAAAAUGAUGUCCCUAUAUUAUGGCCUUGAUGCAAAUGGAUCAAUCUUCAACAUGGAAUAUAAAUCUACUACAGGAUGCUCUUUUCGCGAAAAUGAUGCCCCUAUAUUAUGGCCUUGA